UUAAUUAAAAAUCUUUACAAAUAAAUUAUUGAAAAUACUAUUUGUAAAAAUAUUAACAUAAUUUGUACUAUCACAACAAAUAUUUAACUUAAGCUUUUUAAAUAAAUCUAACAGCUUAGUUUAAAUUUAAAGUUUCAUAAAAUGUCUGAAAGCUGCUAAGAGUAGUAAAUUAAUGAGAAGUAACAAACUGAUUAAGAUUUUCAAUUCUUUACUGAGGGACCUGAAAUAUAAUUAAGUGAUGUCAAACAAAAAUUUUUAAAUUUAUCUUCUGCUAAAUGCACGCACAUCGAGGAAGAAGAUUAGUCAUUUAAAAUAAGCCCAAGUAAUAUGAACUCUCAAAGAGAAAAUGUUUUCUAAUUCGGAUAGAAGAAUUAAAACUACAUUGCAGCAGUAUAGCAACAGCAAUAUAGUUAUCCAAAUGGAAAAGAAUUAUAAAUUGAAUAAUAAUUGUAGUAAGCUAACGAAAGGCUUGAUAAUAUGCUAAGACUGAAUGAUUACCUAAAGAAGGAAAAUGCUUAAAUUUAGAUUCAAAAGAAAAGAUUAGAAGAUAAUUAUAAUUAAUAAACAUUAAGAUAUGCAGCUUUUUAAAGAAAGUAUUCCUAAAUUGAGAAAUAUAAUAAAGAUUUAUAGUUAAAAGUAAACUAAUUAGAAUCAGAAAAGAAAUAAUUGCUUCAGAAAUGGCAAAAGGCUUCCAAUAUGCUUAAAGAUGAAUAAAAUCUUAAAGGGAUAACUAAAAAUAUAGAAAAUCUCCUUAUCUCUGCCACAAAUGAGUUUAAUUAACUGAAUGCAUAUUUGUCUUAAUACCCUAAAUAGUUGCUUAAUAUUAAACAAAAUCUAACAGGAAUUUAAGAGAAGCUUAAUGUUAUCGUUAAUUUUUAAGAUGAAUAUCUAAAUCUUUAGCUAAAAAGUACAAAUCUUACAAUAAGAACUUUUGCAAAAGAAUAAACUGUCAACAGCCAGGAAAGCUAAGACUAAACUUAAGAUUUAAAGUUGCUGGUUUCCUUAUUAACUGAUGAACUGUCUGAAUUAAGAUAUAUACUAUAUGUCAAUAAAAAAGAAAUUGAAAACAAGAAUUCUUAAAUAGAACAAUUAUAGAAUAGGCUUAAUACCACAACUACACAAUUUUCCUAAUUUUACAACACUUGCAACACGAUUGAUAGAAAUCAGUAGUCUAGAAGGAUGCCCAGCUAUGACUAAGAUAGAAUUUUAAGAGAAAUAACGUAUCAGCCUAACAUAACGUAAGAUGCAUAUUUGAGUGGAACAAAACAGUAGCGAGAUUCUUACAUCAAUUUAUUAAUGAAUUAAAAAGAAAAUAAAAGAAGAUCCUCAUUAUAAAAUUCUGGUAGAGAGGAUUUCACUCCUUAAAAAUCCCAUAAAAAGUUAUUAUCAUCAAGCUAAAAAAAAAUGUAAUAAACUAAUUAAAAUUAGUAUAAUUAUUAGAAUAAAAUAUAAAAUUCACAUUCUCUUAGCACAUCCUACAUCUGA